GACCUACUUGACCAGUUCGGAACUGUGCGUCGGUUCUUCUGGAUUAUCCCGUUUUGACAAGUAAAGUCAGGUUAAACAUGUCCAGUGAUAAAGACACAAUUGAAAACCGUCCUUUACACGAGCUAGAGCCUGAGCCGGCAGCAAGUGAUAGUGUCGACCAGUCCUCGGAGAAAGAAAAUGAAGUUUUGAUAGUGGAAAAGCGCGAGAAAUGGGGUCGCAAGGCAGAUUUUCUUCUCUCAUCACUCGGAUACUGCGUGGGCUUUGGCAAUGUGUGGAGGUUCCCUUAUCUCGCGUACAAGAAUGGUGGAGGUAUGAUCUUGAUGUUUAUAGGGCUUAUAGCAUUAAAAGUGCUGCUGUAGUGAUCAAAGAUAUGCAAAUUUAGUUAGCUAUCGUGAUCGAGUAAGUAGCUCAAUAGAAACACCUAAAAAUAAUUGUAUCUGGACAUAUUUUAUAACGCUCUUAAAGACACAGACCGGGGCAAAACACAUUUUUUCUUGUUUGGAUUUUCGUUGUCGUUUUUAAGACUGAUAAACGAUUUGAGGUGAUAGUAUAAAAGGACUAAUAUCACUGUGCUCCCUGGUGGGCAAACAUUGAUUCAUGUUCAAGUUUCGACACUUGAUCUAAAAACAAACUUAAGAUGAUGUUGGCCUAAUAUAUAGGAAGUCAAGAAGUCGGAAUAUAAAGUAUACAAAAUUAAUGCCAAUAAAGCUACCCUCCAUUUAAAAGAGCCAAUAGCGGUAACGGUACCGUUGGAGGUUUCAAUUUGAAUUUUCAAGUACCGAUACCGAAUAUGGUACAACGCCCUGGUUGAUUUGUCACGCGCCAAAGAAUUUAUCAAACAAGAAUUCAUCAGCAAUAAUUAUUAAGACUUUCGUGAGGUUUCCCGCCUAAAAGUCUGGGAAGUUUCCAAACGGAGGCCUAAAGGUAGAUAAAUAUUAAUGAAAUACAGCUGCACUAAAUUGUCAAUGACUGAAGGUUUUGUUGUUAAUAAGUGGUUUCGGCUGAGAACGCGACAGUUUCAAUUUAGUCUUUAUUUGUUUUUUCUCCGUGGCUUAUUUAAAAUGCAAAGCUAUGUUCACAACUGAUACCGGACAAUGCAACGUUACGCAGGACGUUACGUGCCAACAAGAAAAUCAAAGUGCAUGUAUUGUAUGACCAGCGAAGUCACAGCGCUAGCCCGCACUGGAACAAGUUGUUGAGACACACAUAGAAAACCUCUUGGAAAGUUGAGAACAUUUUUCAGCGAUUCGGCCGCCAUCGAAUCCACUUCGCAGUAGCUUGGGCCUGAGUCAGGCAAUGCUCCCUUGCGGGCCUCCACCAUAGAGAGAAAUAACAGAGUAUGAACCCCUACCUAGUCUGCUACACAGCCGUUUUUAGUGUCGUCACGCAACGCUCCUCCCCACUAAGUGGGGAGGAGCGUUGCGUGACGAACUAAAAACGGCUGUGUAGCAGACUAACCCCUACCCUGACAAGAAGAUUUUUGUUGACCACGCUGGACUUAGCCUCCCCCCCAGACAUUCUUAGGUGGGACUGGGAAUUAUACUCUUAGGAAGUGAGCUGCUUUGUUGCCGGGAACAACACGUGUUAAACGAUUCUGGACCACUAAUCUGGCUUUUUGCCGCUUUUAUAUUGUUUAUAUAUUUAUUGCUUUUCCGUUUUCAUCAUCGUGAUUAUCUGCACGUGAAAGUCAGAAAAUAUGUAAUUAAGCAGAGCUGCCUCGCCUGUACGAGCGACAACUCAGUCCAGCUUUGAGGGUUGUUCUGUACACACUUUUUAGUACAGAGUCCAUUGUCGGUAGAUAACUUUAUAUUACUAAGCACAUGUGCGAGACAUUGACAUGUCAAAAACCGAGAAUACUGUUCCACAAGAUUCAAAUCAGAGUCGUGACUCGAAUGAAUCUACAAACGACGGGGCAAAGGUUGUUUGGGAAAUUGAACGAGACAAAUGGGCUCGCAAAGCGGAUUUCUUUCUCUCAUCCCUGGGGUAUUGCGUCGGAUUCGGUAACUUGUGGAGAUUUCCUUACUUGGCAUACAAGAAUGGUGGAGGUUAAAUUAUGUCUAGUAAUUAUAUUCAUAUUUAUUAAUUCAUUUACAAUUCAUUUACAUUGUACAAUUACCGUAUUUAUUCGAAUAAGCGCCCAUCCUGAAGGCCGAAAAAGUUAAUAGGCGCCCACCCUCUCCUCCUCCCAAUCAAACUCAAAUGAGCGCUCACCCCCACCCCACCCACUUGAGUGAAUAAAUUCUAAUAAGAGACUUCCCCGAGGACGGAGUUUUCUUCAGAGUAUUUUACAGAAACCGGCCUUGCUUUGUUACUUCUUCGCGUUCUGUUAUUAGCAUUUAUUGUUUUGUUGCAAAAUAAACAUACUUCACUUGCUGAAAACAUAGUUAAUAGAGGGAAUGGUUAUGAAACCCGACAAAGUUCUUUGUUGUAUGUUUUUGUUCUCUUUUUUGGCCUUGACCCUGCACAAAACACAAUAGUUGUUUACUCCGUACUGAGGAACUAACCAUGGUUACGUAAUUCAUGCAUAACGUAUGAACGCAAAACAAAAGAUUGUGCAGGGUCGUGGACCUUCUAACAUAAAUCUUGGCAUCUUUGUUUGCUCCUUUGAUGUUUGCCGGGCUUCAUAACCAGUCACCUGCAUUAACUAUGCUGAAAAUGUUGAAAAUGUAAUAAGCGCCCGGCCUCGAAUAAGCGCCCACUCUCAAGGUCCAAAAAUUUAAUAAGCGCCCAGGGCGGUUAAUCGAAUAAAUACGGUAAUACAGUGUAUUUUAUUCUGCUCUUCUUAAUGGAGCUUCCGAGAGCGGGCAGUUUUUUACGAUCUUGCCCGCUAACCCGGGCGGAAUCGUUGGCAGCUUUAUUCACAGGUUUGUUUGUUGUUUGUGAAUGAGCAAAACCGGUGAUUUUUAACCAUUUUUCUUUUAAAACUUGCGCUAUUAUUAGCGUUAGCUAGGGAAGAGUAAAUUUUGUUAUUCCGACAAAACAUCUGUGGGCAAGGCAGCCAGGAAAACCGCUAAAGUAAAGCAAAACAGGCGGCUCGUGACGUCGCUUCAGGCUUUAUAACCUACGCUGUAAGUACUGCAAUCUUGCUCUUCUGCACCGUUUAUUCGACAUUUUUCCUCUGUUUCAGUUUGUAGGUUUGUUUUCCAUUUUUGCUGUCUGAAUCUAGAUUCUGCCGUUUAUCAUGCAUUGAAUUUUGCCGCGCUAGUUUUCUACUUUUCAGAAAAGGUUGAUUGAGGGAUCGAUAUUAUACUGUAAUGCCCUCCCUGCCGUUUAGUUUGCGUGGCGCACUGAGGUCAGGGUGUGAGGUAAUGUCUAGAAUCUCCUCAUGUUUGUUCCCGAUUUGUAGCUUCGCUCGAGUCAAAGUUUCGCUCGAAACCAUUAAGUUAUCUUAGAUCCUUGCUCAAGCCCCGCUUAAGUUGGAUUGUGUCAGAUGCAUGGUCUCUUUAAGGAAACACUGUGGUUUCCUUGCGCCCCUUUUAGCGGCAAAAAGCAGUCGCUGACAUAUAGCUGAUUCUAAUCAAUAAAGGUUGCUUUGGGCGUUGGGAGUUGGGCAUUGGGAAGCUAUUGUUUGGUGGUCACUCAAGUAAAUAAUUUCAUUGUUUCAUUUGCUCAAAUGUCCCAUGACCAAUUACCAAAGCAAAAUUUUUUGAUCAAGCUGUAUAUGUAUCCACGAUUAGCCUGCGAAAACAUCCGUUUCUCCUCGCUCUUCGCCGCUGAAGACGUUUCGCGCGAAACGUCCCCAGCGGCGAAGAGCGAGGAGAAACGGAUGUUUUUGCAGGUUAAUCUACAAUCGGCCACAAAAUGAGUUGAGAUACUUCGCUCAAAACUGGGCUUUUUUACGUUUUACUAACUUCAAAAGGAGGAAAUCUAGCUUUCCUCCCCCAUUCGCUUCAUGAAAUGUUGUGCCGAUGUUCGAGCUACCCAUAGAAAACAACAAACACCCCCAACUUUGAAUGGAGGGGACAGGGGAGGAGUGUGGAUUAUUUUGUUCUCUGAAGUUACCCUAUGCCUGAACAAUUUUGUCGCCAAUUGUAUAGCUGUAUAUGAUUGUGGGCAAAUGGGCGGAAGUCCAGCGUAUAGCACACAAUCAUUUGGCGAGCGCUCUUUAUUAUAAGCUUUCUGUACUCGAAAAAAUGGUAGCCGCUAUUCCAGCGCAGACUUAAAAGGCACACCACCCGCCCUUGUACAAGAUCCCUUUAAUGCUUUGACGGGAGUAAGAUUAAUACUUCUUCUUGUUCAGCCGAUAACUAAGCCAGUACUGAUGUAUAUAUCCCAAACACGACGAAUAAAUAUGCCCUCUAACUUAAGUACUGCAGAAGUUUGAGUAUCGAAAAGAGAAAUAAAAUCAGUAUUUACAAGUGUUUUUGUAAUUGUUAGUCACUAAUGGCUUUAUCCUGUAUUAGUGCGAAAAACGAACAAUAAUGAACUGUAAUUUCAAUGGGACUUAUUCACCCAAUCAGAGAAAACUUUAGUUUUCAUUGGUAUUGCAGGAUACUGCAAACUUUAUGCUGCAACUGCUACUGUAUGAAAUAAAAAAAGGAAAGAAAGUGUAUAUAGUAGUAAGGUUCACCCUUGCAAAAUGCGGCAGUGUGUGCAGUUGAAUACAGGCAGAAGCGUUUUUUUAUUUUUAUUUUACAGCAUCUUUUCUUAUCCCCUACUUUCUGAUGUUGAUCAUCAACGGAGUUCCUCUUUUCUUUAUGGAACUUGCCAUUGGUCAGUGGUACAGCUCUGGAGUGAUCGGUGUCUGGAAAUCUGUGUGCCCACUAAUGAAAGGUAAUGCUGUCUAUAUUUUUUUCCUUCUGCGACAGUUUUGUUUUAGUUUGGGGUCCACAUUCAACGUUUGAACAACCGGACCGCGGACCAGGUGUUCGUGGCGCGGCUGGGAACAAUUCAAGGUGUGAAUCCGUCUUAAAGAGGCGUUCGUUGAAACAGAGUUGAUUGUGCGAAAAAUAUAGAGAAAUGUACUGUAGUAACAUUUAAUACACAGCAUCUAAUGUUCUAUAUAGAGUCAUUUACUCAGUAACAUUAAAUUCACAGUAACUAUUUGCUUGUUCCAGGCGUUCAGAUAGUAGAGUGCGGCGGUCGAUGGGGAGCGAGUCUCCCCUCGUUUUUUUUUCUUCUUGAAUUUUUCUCCCGCGCUCUACUGUCUGAACGCCUGGAACAGGCUAAGUAUCUAUAAUAUUCUUGAGUUUCUGCACCUUAGCUAUCGGUGUUAUAUGCACCGGAUCGGAGAUAUGGGAGUUCACGGUUUUCAAAAUCUGCAGAGCAAAAGCUCUCCGGGGAGGUCUAGCGGUGGAGAGCUUGUUCGCAAGCUACAGAGAACCGUCAAUAAUCCAGUUUCGAAUGCGUCGUGGCCGGCUGGCCGCUGAAUAGAAGCACUGAAGACUCAUUUAUACAGGGUUAGCCUCGACCUAAGGUAUAUAUAUUCAUAAAUUUCAUUCAGACGAAGAUCUGUGUACAACUGUGUCUAUUGCUUUAAAGUCAAAUUCAGCCGCCCUCUCACCGGUAUUUGUGAAUAUUUUACGUUAGAUCGAGGCUAACCCUGUAUAAAUGAGUCUUCAGUGCUUCUAUUCAGCGGCCGCGACGAAUUCGAAACUGGACUAUUUAUGAUUUAUUUUCUCAUUGAACUCUAGGUAUUGGAUAUGCUAUAUGUGUUAUGGGUUAUUUGGUUGGUAUCUACUACAUUAUCAUUUUGUCCUGGACAUUCUUCCUCUUGUUCCAAUCAUUUCGUUCCGAAGUGCCUUGGAAAACUUGCGAUAACUCAUGGAAUACAAUGUUUUGCAGGUAAUGACCUCGGGUACCCAACGACUGUUUUCUGUAAAAUAACUGUUCGGAGAAGCACAUGGCUAGAAUUAAUUUUCUAUCACUUGAGGACGGCUAAAAAAUUCUAGAUGACCGUUCCAUUCAUGAACGAUUUUCGAAGCUUAUCUGACUAAUAAAUUCAAUACAAUUUUCUGAAAUUUCACCGCCCAGGUUAGGCUAUUUUUCGUACAAAAAAGGAAACCUACAAUUUUCGGAUUCACAAAUGUGAUGGAAAGAGGAAUCAGAAAAAAUUCUCACUUUCGUAAUAACUUAAAGUACAUCUAAAAUUUUCGUGAAAAUAUAUAAUAAUAUACUGAGCCCUUGUAAUUUCGAAAAGACUUAGAUUCCCCUAGGAUGACCGAACACGUACGGGUACAAAUUUUAUAGCGCCUCUUAGAAUGCAUUUCUGGAAAUCUAGAAGAAGUAUGGAUAGCCCAAAAAGUGUGCUUUUAAUUUAUCAAGGAGGAAACCGUCCUUGGGUGUCCCUGAAUGGCAAAAUGUUUCACUUCUGGGACUCAAGCAUUAUCUUGGCUGUAUGUGUUUAGUCAUUUGUUGUGCGAUGUUACGAAGGCCCUGUUCACACAUACUACGCAAAGUUUUGUUUGUUUUGCAAAAAAUCUGUCAACAGGCUGUCUCUCCAGUUUAGUGCAAACGAGUUUUUUAACCUAUACCAAAAUUUUCUCAAGUGUCACCAACUCCAAAGAUGCUGUCGAGAAGAUUUUGGAGGCCUACAAUUUUUUGUUAAGCGACAAAAACCUAACUUUGUAACUUGACAGCUAUCUUUCGUCGGGUCAUCUUAUUGCGCAAACAUGACCAAUUAAAGUUCCAAUUGACGUUUCUGGUUAUACGAAAAAUUUUGCGUGUCUCGGGUGCGAACAAAGCUACAAAAACGAAAAAUUGGUGAUUACAAAAUUUUCAUUUUUUUUUUUGCAAACGUGGAACUCUAUUUUUUUUUUUGUCGUUGCACGAGAGGGCCGAAGACAGAGAAGUAUUAUAAAGUGUAUUUGUUGGUAUGUUUGUUUUUCUAUUUCUUUGUAGGGAAGAAAGAAAGGGUGACAGUUUUAACUGCACUGUCUUUGAUUUGCCCGUGAAUUGUACAGCGAAGUACACCUCCCCGAGCGCCGAAUUCUGGACGUACGUAAAUUCAAUUUUUAUCGGUCUUUAUAGCAAUAAUAAGGGGUUUGAACAUCAUUGUCCUAUAGAGUUCUAAGAUCUUUCUGCUUGCGAGUGACUUAUAUGGAGGGAGCCAAACUCUCCAAACUCCAUUACAACUGCUACUGAUACAAAUAUAGGACAAAAAUUGUCUGUCAAAUGUAGUUAGACAAGAAAUUGACCUGAGUCGUAAUAUGAUGGAAAUUGCUCAUUCUCACUCUCAGACACUUUCAGUUUCUGUGAUCGUGUGUUUUGAUAGAGAUCAUGAUAUUAUUGAUUAUAUAAAAAUCCGUCUGUUAAAAUUUGGUCAAAUAAGUUUCAACUGUUAAUGGAUAAUUAUAGUAAGCUGUGUGAAAGUUUAUAGGAAAAUCUGAAGAGCGAAUUUUAUGUAAACUGAGCAAAAGUGAAAUGUUAAGGUUGUAUUCAAUUGUUCAUGUUGCCAUGGAGUCUACGAAAACGUCACAUUUUACCUGGCAAUCAAAAUAUUUCAUCUAUAUUUUGUUUAUUUGCCAAUUAGUUUCAGCUUGUGAGCUGCAACCUUUGUCUUGCCAUGAUUUGGCAAAUUACAUAUACUCACAAACUGCCAGAUCUGUGUUCAGCCACCUUAAUUGGUGCCUGCCACGGCACAAGCUAUAGAAUCCAUUCUAGUUCCACUGACCAAAGAAUCGGGAAUCCAGUAAGCAUGGAGUCCGGAAUCCAAAGCGUAGAAUCCAGAAUCCAAGACUGGAUUACCAGGGGCGAGGUAUGAAAUAUUGUUUGGCUGAAAAGAAAUAUUGGGCGAUAAAAAUGAUACUUUUUAAAUUUCAAAUUAGCCUCGCAUUUGGUGUUAAAUUUAAACAAACCACUUGGCGAGCUUGAAAACAGGUUAAAAUCCAGUCAUUUUCAUUUAAUAGAAACAACUUACUGCAGAUAACCGGAGAGAUCGGAGACUUUGGAGAUAUGCGGUGGGAGCUGGUUGGAACAACAUUGUUAUCAUGGGUUGUUGUCUAUUUGUGCCUCUUCAAGGGAAUUAAGUCAUCUGGAAAGGUAAAGAAUGCAUUUUAAGUUAAUCGGGAGCGAUUGAAACUCAAAAUAUAAUAGGAAAGAAAAAAAAGAUUCCCAAUCCUUGGGCACUCAAAAAUUGCUAAUUAAUCGGAAAGAAAGACUUCCUUUUGACGAAAUUAGGGAACAGUCUUUUCGUGUCUUAUAAUGAAAAUAAAUCAACGAAGACCAUUCAUCUAUACUUUGAUUAUUUCCUCGAUGCAGUAACUAAUUGGUAGAUUUACUAAAGAAGGCAAUGUCGGUACAUUUAAUAAAACCAAGAUCCCCGCUAGUUUAAGAAAGCACUCGGUUUCGAUAAUCUUGCGUGGAAACAGGGAACUGUAACAGUCCAUAACACUGCAAUCUCGCCUUAGGACGCGUGUUGGCCUUCUCUCCACUUCCCUGAGGUUUUUAUUAAAGAAACGAACAUUCUUUGUAAACGUCUCAUCCGUUGGCAGGAGACAAUUACCUGUCCUAACCUUGUUCCUAAUGUUCUCUCCUACCCGUCGCUACGGAGCGAGAGAGAGAGAGAGGGUAGGAGAGAGAACCUGGGAACGAGGUUGUUACCUGCCCUUGGUUUUUAUCAAGGUCUUAAUUCCAUGAACAUCUGUGUAACAUUUCAGGUCGUGUAUUUCACAGCCACAUUUCCGUUUAUCGUUCUUUUUAUUCUCUUCAUCCGCGGUGUUACUUUGGAUGGUGCUGGAGAAGGGGUUCUGUUCUACCUUAAGCCAGAUUUCUCACGCCUUGCCGAUCCUCAGGUAAAAACUAGGUAAAAACUCCUUCCUUCCGUUUUUGAUAUCAUCAUUCAUCAUCAUCAUCAUCAGAAUCACGAGAACAUUAUCAUUAUCAUCAGCAUCAUCAUCACAAUCUUCAUCGUCAUCACCAUCACCGUUAUCAUCAUCCAUCUGGAUAAUGCCUUACACCUUGCCAUCAUCAUCAUCAUCUUGAUAACUUGAUAACAACUAGCAUGAGGUUCCUCUUGAAGGCCAUUUGUUUGCUUGCCUUUCACGCUAUUCUAUCCCCACCUAAUCUCCUCGCCGUCAGAGUCACUAGCUAGAGGCAUUUUGCUGAAAAAGAAAAGAAAACUAAGUUAUUGGUUCGGUGGCUUCCCAAUAAUUUUUGUUGUACUUUGUAUUGUGGAGGAUUUGGCGUGUUGAUAAGGGGCUUCCUAGAACUAAAACGAACCUGAGUCAGCAAAUUUUUACGUCCAGUGAAGCGGACGUUAGAACAUUUUUGCCUCAAGUUCGCUUUGAUUAUUUCACUUUAAGGCAAGGUCUCACAAGAACCUCGGUUAGAAGGAGGCGGGCGGUCAAAGAGGGGGAAGGAUAAUUGUGAUUGAGUCAUAAAAUCAUAACCCCCCCCCCCCCCCCCUACCACAGGAGCCCAAAACAAACUAACCACACCAUGUUUCACACCCUCUAUCAGGGGGGGUUCUAUCCGCCACUACAACCCCCCCCCCCCCCCUUUAACGAUAGGAUCCACGAAAGUAGUCCCUAAAGAUGUUUAAGCGUCUCUUAAGAGGGGGUUUUACAUCGGCACUGAAUUCUUUCUUAACCUAAAAGGCCUUUCAGUAAAAUGUGAUGAUUAUGUACAUAUGUAUAUAUGCACAAAUUUGUGACUUUAGCAUGGCUCAACAAUAGGUCUGGAUUUAUGCUUCCACUCAAAUCUACUGGUCACUCGGGGUCGGCUUUGGAACCCUCAUCACAUUUGGAAGCUAUAACAAGUUCGAGAACAACUGUGAAAGGUAACGAAAUUCUAGCUGCUAGGAUUGGGUAGAUAAGACUGAUCUGAAGACGUUUUUUUUCGGCCUUCAUUUUUGCUGAAUACAGAUCUAUUUUUAAACAGCUUCAGCUAGGUUAGGCGAUUAUUGCAUUUUCAUUGUAGUCUACAAACUAGAACACAAAGACAAAUGACAAAAGACAAAUUUUGCAAACCGAACAUUUCAUUAAAUUAGUAAUUAACCCAACUGGUCGGAGAUUAUCCCAGUCACUGGACCGGAGAUUUAAAUCUGCUUCACCAAAUUGAAACUAGAGCAAGUGCUGUUCUGCCGCCUGCCUCAACCGAAAGAGAAUUUCACCCGAAAAUCACGCAGUGAACGUCACCGGUUUCACUAACCACACGUUUACUUAUUGGCCAUCAGGCUUCAAUAGUUCAAAAGGUGGAUAUUGCUCUCCACUGGAUAAAUCGCUAUCCACUGAAUAGAUGUGCAAUUGGUUUCCCUAAUGCUUAUUUACUGGAUAGGGUGGAUAACUGGGACCUGACAGCUAUUUUUCUGCGUUGUCUUGGUGACGUUUAACUGAUAAUAAACGAUGACAUUAUAAUGUAAUUAUUUAAAAAAAUAAUUGAAAGCGAAAGCAAAAACUAAUGAGUUUACUGUUUACCACAGGGAUGCUAUGAUCAUAUCAUUUGCCAACUGUGGAACCAGCUUUUUCGCUGGGUUUGUCAUUUUUAGUGUUCUUGGCUUCAUGGCUUACGUCUUGGAAACCACGGUGUCUAACGUUGCUACAUCAGGUGGGUGAGACCUAAUGAAAAUAACAACAACCCUUAAUAUUAAACUGUUGAAAAGAUCUUUGACAAACAUUUAACAACAUAAUAUUUUGCUAGUUUUGUCGUCACGAUGACUCAAGAAUGAACUGAUAAAAAAAGGUAACAAUGCAGGAUAAAAAAAAAAUUGUUUGCUUAUGAGAUGCGAGAUUCUAGCUAAUCCACGCGCUAAAUUUGUUUACCUAGCUCUCUUGUCUCUGGAAAAGAGGAAAAACCAUUUGGUAGUCAAUAGUUAUGCAGAAAAUCCUUAUGCAACCUUUGAAGUACCAAAAUUUUAGUACAGCAUUACGAGAGUGUUUUUCAACAGAGGGGGAAUCUAUCCACAGCUCAAGAGCGCCGAUCCUUUCCAGUUGAUUGAAAAGCGUGUCUCGAGUGAAUAUGGCUUGAGAAAACAGAGAUACAGUGAAUAGAGACGUCACAUUAAGGCAGUUGGCUUAUUUCCAAUCUGUAGUAAUCAGUUUUCUUUUUUUCCUUGCUUAUCAUUGUCUUGAUUUUCCAAAGUAGGGUCUUUAAAAAGGUCUAUUCCAUACAAACCACUAUAGUCAAUCAAGCCGAAAUCUUCCAACGAUCUUUACUAUUGAUCCUAUGGUUGUCACAGGUCCUGGACUGGCUUUUGUUGUUUACCCUGAAGCAAUAUCCCAGAUGCCGUUAUCAGUUCUGUGGGCGAUAUUGUUUUUCUUUAUGUUAGUCACCCUCGGACUGGACAGUCAGGUAAUACAGCUUUUUACCGAUUCGGAGGCCGUAUUGAAUUUAUUAGAUUUAGGGAGUACGUAUUGUGGGAUGCCCAGAGGGCACUCGCUCAGUAUUUACUCGCACUUUUCGGGAAAAAAGAGAAAUUCACUGUACAGUUCUCAAGAAAAAGGUGAUCAUUAUUACAUCCAAACACGACACAACGAUCUUUUUUCCCACUGCAAUCCAUUUCUAGGAAAACUGAAAGAAAAAUUGGCCCAAAAAGCGCGCGUAAAUACUACUGAGCGAGUAUAUAGGAUCGUGCUCAUGGCCCCUAGGCAUCUCAUAAUACUCCUUGAAUCUAAUAAAUUCAAUAUCGCCGCCGUAUCGGUAAAAAGGUCUAUUGAUUCUAGAUGAUGGUCUCGCGAAUAUCAUAACUCUAUAACUCUAGUUUAUCUUGUAUGAUGGGAUAUAGUCGCGAGUUGCGUUGAUGAUUUUGUUUCCCCUUCAAUUGUAGUUUGCUACUAUUGAAGCAGUUAUUACAGCACUUGUGGAUGAAUAUCCGUGGCUGAAGAAGGGUUAUCGGAAGCAGAUAUUUGUGAUGAUUUUGUGCAUCAGCAUGUUUCUUCUUGGACUUCCGUGUGUUACACAGGUAUAAUAUAUAGAUUUAGCCUUUAGUGGUCAGCGGAGGACUUAAAAAAGUCACCCCGUUGAGUUGUAAACUUGAGCCUGCGAUACAGUUAUAUGACACUGGUUAGCGGAUACCCUAUUUUGACAUCUAUCAAUUGAUCAUAACUUGGAUGUCCAACACUCUUUCUGAUAUGCCUUGGACUUUUAAGCUAUAGUAAGUAAGACAUGUCACAUGCGCUUACGUGAAGGGAAGACGUACGUACGGACGGACGGACGAUAUUAUCAGAACCAAAAUUUAUAGAUAUACAAGCGGAGCUUCGAGAGCUCCGCUAAUAUUCUGUCAAAAGUUUGAAAUUUUAAUUAAGCUCCCAUUUGAAUGUGGACUGCGAAUAGAGCGUUUUUUCACUGGAGCGUAGAAUUGACGUAAUAUUUCGCUUCGUAUAUUCAAGGGUGGAAUGUACAUAUUUAACUUGAUGGAUUACCAGACUGCCGGGCUGUCGUUGCUGUUUGUAACUUUGAUGGAAAUUGUUGCAGUUGGUUGGAUUUAUGGUAGGUUAAUAUGAAAAGCUUUAACACUUAAAAGACUUGGGUUACCCUCUAAGGUAACCAUCAAGUUUAUCUGCCAUUUUUAAUACCCAAGAGACCCUUUAUUAACCUCCCAAGUUUCUCAUUUUUACCCAUCCGGAUAACAUGGCGCCCUCUGAUUGGCUCGCGAGCAGUCCAGAAUCCGAGAUCCGGACUCCGAUUCCUGACAGCUCACCUCUCUGUUUACAAAUCUGAAACUUUUCGGUUAAAAACAAUAUUUUGUAAAAGUUAACAGCAUGGCUAGUGACAAUGGAAACUUCCAUGAUGUUUUACUGGCGGUCAACGAGAAGAAAAUUCACUUCGUUCGAUUUCUGUUAAGUCCAAAAAAUAAGUAUACCAGAUAUUAUUUACCAGUUACAUAUAGGGUCGGUCCGAACCCUGAAAUACCAUGACCUCGGCAUUGAAAAUGCUGAACUCUAUCAAUAUAUUUCACGAUGCGAACCUACCGACCAGCGAAUAACAUACAUAAUCUUCCCUAUGAGCCCGCUUGGAUUUAUUCAGGUUGACAAAUUCACGACCAGUUCUUGGUGAUUAUGCGACAAUUACAUAUAUCCCACACAACGUGUCCGUGUAUAGGUACGUUUGUUAGGUGUGACUUGUCCAUUUUGUUUUGCACGCUUAUAUUUUUGCUUUGAUUGUGUGUUUUUUCUUUAUCCCGUUAAUCAACCUCGGGGAUUAAGCUAUUCAGAAUUAUAUUUAAAAACUAGGAACGUACUCCUUAAAAAGCUAGCUAUAGAUCUUGGCGAUUCUUGGCGCUUCAGGGCGGCGUGGAAGUGAGAUGUUUAUCAUUAUGGUAAAGAGAUAAACAUCACUACAGUGGAACCUCGAUAUAACGAAGGGCCAAGGGACUGGCAAUAAUUGUUCGAUAUAACGAGGUUUCGUUUUUAUCGAGGUUCUUUCUCAUAUAUUCUACUACUACUGGGGUAGAGAAAAUCAUUCGUUACACCGAGGACUUCAUUAUAGAGAGGUUCUUUAAAUCGAAGUUCCACUGUAAAUGACCGCCCAAUGUAAGGGAAUCCAAGACAGUCCACUCUUGUUUUCUGAAUUCCACCCAUUUUGAACCUAGAGUUUUUAGGUUCAGCCCUGAACGUAGGCAGUGUUACAAAAAAUACUACAUUAAUUUUAUCUACUAUAUCUUGAAAUUGUUUUUCUGUUUAAAUUUUGUUUCCCAUUAUUAGAGAAAUGUUAGAGAUCAUAUUUUAAAAACCUGUUCUUAAAGGGUGAGGAGAAGUCGGUUGAUUUAAAUCCUUUCAUCACCUAUUUUCUCUUCAAUGUUGAUACUGUAUAUAGGUCUGCAGUUCUAUAAUUAAAGGCCCAGCUGUGCCACAGAAUCGGGUUUAAAGGCAACUUUAAUGGUUUAGUGGAAAUAUACAAUGGAAUGUCUUUAUGUAUUGAACACGUUUAAAAUCGUACAAAGAUCAAUUUCCCUACAGGCACCAAACUCAAAGAUAAUUGGUUAAACGAAAGGCUCGUCUCCUUUGGUCUUCUAAAAAGAGAGUUAAUUCAAUGUUUACAAAAUAAAUCAAGAUAAACUCAAGCAUCAAUAUGUAAGAGUGGAUUUAUUGCAGCGUGCAUGUGACGCAUGCUAAAAAUAAGUGAGUGCCUUUCAUGAGUAACACGCAGUUCAUUUUCAGUCGCCCCAUGUAAUGAAAUCCGGAUUCCGGAUUGCGGGAAAUUUUUGCUUGUGGAAUCCGAAAUCCUCGGAUUUGGAAUCCGUAAUACAACUCAAGGAAUCCGGAAUCCCACUAAUGAUUGAAAGCCGGAAACUAAGUUCCACUGAAUAAAGCUGGAAUCCAGUUCCUGGAAUCCGGAAAUCACGGUGGAGGCUGUCAGUGAGGUAUGUCUCUACUCAAGAGACAUUUUAUAAAAUCUCUUAUAGUCAAUGGACAAAAAAGGGGUCUUAAUCGAUAAUGGCCUCUGCCAUGAGCCUGGUGGUUUCUUAAGCUCUCCUUGCUAGAAUUAAAACCAAGGCCAAUAAACUUUUAACUUUUUGAAAGGCAAAUAAAUGAUCAUGCCAGUGAUGUUAACUACUUGAGACCCCGUCCACACGUAUCCGGAUUAUUAUUGAAUCUGCAACUUUUCCUUUUCGGUUUCAAAAAUAUCCACGUUGGUCCACACAUAACGUAUUCAAAUCAAGUUGCCAGUCCACACGUAUCCGGAUUCAUUCUUAGUUCGUCAGCUAAUUUCACUAAAUUUGUAAUUAAAAGUGAUUUCUCGAUUUCUCGUGCCAUGUUCUGUCGCACUUUGUAAUAAAAAAAGCUAUCGCACUUUGUAAUAAAAUAAGCUGUCGCACUUUGUAAUAACACUUGUCGCACUUUGUAAUUAACUUGAAAUGGAUGGUCGGAGGUUAACCCAGUAAUAAGUAUAAUCAUCGACAACAACAACAACAACAAGUAAGGAAGCGAUAACAUGGCGCCCGGCAACCACCUUGAAGAUUCACGGUAAGAAACUGGACUCGAUCUAUGUUACCGUCGGGUCGGAUAGAAAAAUAUCCAGAUUAGCGUCCACACGAUUCCGGAUUAAUAGCGCAUUCAUGAAUUUCCACUCCGGAGAGUGGAUUCAAAAAGUCGCGGAUUCGUAUGCCGGAUUCAUCGGAUACGUGUGGACAUCGGAUAAAUGACAAUAUCGUGGAUUUAUACAGUUAGACACAGCUGGCACCAGUUGUUCAAACAUUGGAUAGCGCUAUCCACCUGAUUAAUCAGUAUUGCUAGUGUUAGGGAAACCAGUUGCGCCAUCCAGUGAAUAGUGAUUUAUCCGUUUCACAGCUUUAUCUACCCUUUGAACAACUGUGCCAUAAGCGGGUGGAUAACAAGCACCAAAAAAAUUCGGCAAUAAAGUUCCUCUAGAAUUCACUACAGCUAGCGCUGUUGUUUGCAUUGUACUUAGAAAAACUUCUAUAUACCGAUACUCUAAAAACCGAAAUUUUAUUUUAUUAUACGACAGUCAGCCAUGAAAUUUUUAUCGCCCGUUAUUGCCUAAACAGUUAACCCCAUUAACAUCCUCUUCUUGAUUUCAUUUAGGUGUUGAUCGAUUCAGUGAUGACAUAGAGGCUAUGACUGGGCAGAGACCUAAACUGUGGUUCAGGAUUUGCUGGAAAUACUUGUCACCCAUUUCCACACUUGUAAGUAGUGACUACAUGAAGCCUUACCCAAGCCUCUCUGAUGAAUUUUCCUUCAUUUACUGUGAACUUACCAUUGGGCAUAAAUUAAACGCGGCACACGGCAUAUCCGCGGCUGUAUCAGGACGAGCUUUUGAAAUGUUAUCCAAACCUCCUAUCAGCCUGCGUGGCAGGCGUUCAAAAGUAGAGGUAAAGGGGAUUUCGGGCGCUUGAAAAGCGCGGAUGGCGCACGAGGAAGGGGGGAAGGUCUCGUGCCAAGUAACCUUUCCCCUCCCUUUCGAACGCCUUCCACGCAAGCUAAACGUCCUAUAUGCAGGUAUCAAUGUUUGAACGUAGGGGGUUGGGAUGGAAGUACGGGCAUAGGUGCGGCAAUUGAUUUUUUUGCUCAAAUUCCCGACCCUUGGGACUGAAAAAUAGUUUAAAUUUGAUAAAACAUCCCUUUCUGGGGAUAACAACACCGCAGUUGGCGGCAAAGUUUGUGGUCAAAAUCCCGUUAGAGGGGACAAAGGAAGUGUUCAAAUGCUACACCUAUGCGCCUACGUACGUCAUAUUUUUUUGCACCGUAUUUGCCCCGCGCAAAUUUGUGGUAACUGAAAUUUUCCCCUUCUCCAUCUAAAAAUUAAUUCCUGCAUUACGUGGGAAAUCGACUUUAAACUAUUAACUCAGUAUACUCUUGGUAUACUGAAUUCACAACUGUUUUAAUUCAAAAUAUUUCUUAGCACAAUUCACAUCCUUUCCUCUGCGUGGAAUCUCUUGAAAACAUUUGCCAUUUCCUCUGCAGUUUCACGGCAUAUGAAAAUGGAUAUUACCCGUUCCAGAUAGGCAUUCCUAAAUAAAAAGUAUUUCACACGCGAGUGUUUCUUUUGUAUAAUCGCUCUUCUUGAAGCAGUGAUUCUGUAAACCAAGGGAAAUCACAAACAGCGAAUAUAAUGAUGAUAAUGAUAAUAAUAAUGAUAUCACAAUCAUGAUGAUAGAGCGGUUUUCAUUUGAGUGUCGAAAAGUAAUUGGUUUUGCACUUUCUACACGAUGCGAUUGGCUUAAAAGAUUCGCGCCACCUUUUCAUCCAAUGAGAAGUAAAACCAAAGCCAAUUGUGACGCGCUCUUUGCGUCAGCCACAUGUAAUUACUUCGAGUUUUGAUUGGUUCAAUGUAUUGUCUGUGUCCUAUGUGAUUGGCCAGAGUAAUUACUUUGGUUUUGGUUUUACGACACUCAAACGAAAACCACUCUAUGUAAUGACAAUAUAUCAAUGAUUAAUGAUACUGAUACUGAUAAAAAGAAGAUCAGGGGCCCAUUUCUUCCUAUAAGACUUUGCGAAAACGGUCAUUGCUUGUUUUCUUUAAUCUAACUGAAUAAAUUGCAGGUCAUCAUCUUGGCGAAUGUAAUUCAGUGGAAGGGUGUAUCGUAUAACAACAAGCCUUACCCCGGAUGGGCUGAGUUUCUCGGCUGGCUCAUGGCUCUGAGUUCUAUGGUGCUUAUUCCCGCCUUUGCGAUUUACCAGCUCUGGAAAACUCCGGGAACUGUUACGGAGGUGAGGAUACUGUUUUUGAAUUUCACAUGCUGUCGUUCGUUUAUCAUACCAGACGUGGUGCAGGUUGACCUUUGUGAUUCUGGGGUCUCCACCUCUGGCCAUUUAUGUCCUUAGUUGGGGAACCUUUACUGGUCGGUGGGGCAGCGAAAGUUUUUUGGUUACGAAAUGUCUCGAAAUUUAGACAAACUUUAACAAGGUUUGUCAAAGCCUCAUUAAAAAUCGCGCUUUCCGUUACGGGCGGCCAUCUUGGUUUCAAAUGUUCCGAGUUUAGCCUGGGAAUGAGUGUCAAAUCUACCUGGGGGGCGAGGGAGGAGGCGGUAAGGAGGCGAGAAACCAAGAUGGCCGCCCGUAAUGCAUUCACUUGAUCUCGACGAUCUUACGGAAAAAAAUGGGGGACUGUGAACAGGAUACCUCUUUUCGAUCGGCUCUUUCUGAACUGAAUAAUGUGAAACUAACAUUUAAAAUUAAGGAAAUAAAACUCUGUGCGUUUUAUAUAAAUUACAAAAAGUCGACUUUCUCAUUGCGAUCAUUCAAGCAACGAUGGCUACAAUUUUUUUUUGACACGAAAAGUUGGCUCAGUAUUUAUUUAUGUUAAUUUUCCUGUUAGGUCUUAUGCACAUAUGUAUAAAUAAAAUUUAUUAUUUAUUUAAUUAUUUUUUCUUGAGUGAGUGACACAGACCGGAUAAGACACGGAGAUCAUCAUUGCGGGUCGCUCAGUUCGUUCAGCUCGUCUGGUUUUAACUUGGUUUCAUCCUUUUUUCCAAUUGGUUGUAAAGCUUUAAUAAGUUUAGUUGUUUGGCUACAAGUUAAUCAGUAUUUCAUUAUAUACCUGUACAGAAUUUUAACCCUCUUUAAAUUAAAUGUACAUUGUAUUGUACAUGUCCCUUACGGAACUCCCAUUUGUCUUCACUUUAAGGCAACUCUGUAAGCCAUCUUUUCCCGUGUCUUUACCCCGCGCAUGCUCAUUUCUGAUCUUUUUACAGUUGGAAUUUCAAAAUUCAAUUAACUUAUAACCUAACGUUUUUUUUUUCUCCCUGUGAAGCGUUUUUACACAUUAUUGAAGCCAGACGAGAAGAUGCUCUCCCAGAUUGAACGGGAGCAUGAUGUCAACCGCGAGCGAAAGGCAGAGGUUAUCUUGGUGAGUUGA